ACACAUUUGCGAUAAUUUUUAUUGAUUACAAAAUUAUCCUUUCUCAGAAAAAUUUGCAAUUUUAACUAAAAUUGAUUGUUUUAAACCGAUGUUAAAAUUGAUCUAUUGUUUUCCGAUGAAUAUUGCUAUAGCCAUUAAUAAGAAAUUUAUAGAUGCAUCGGCAGAAAUAAUUUUUAAUUAUUUUAAAAUAUUAUUUUGAAAUAAUUAUUUAUGAAAAUAUUAUUUAAAAAAUUAUGUAUAAAAAAAUAUGCAAUUAUGUAAUGAUAUAUCAUUGAUACGUAGUAAUUCUCGCGAAAUGUCAAUAUUGAAUGACGCAAUAUGUAAUUGCGAGUGGUAAUCCCGAUGGAAAGCUCGAGUUAUCGGUUCGAUUACCGAAUCGAGAUUAGCGUUACGAUGACGAGGAGAUAAAGGAGAGAUUCAGGUAUAUCCCCGUUACACAGGGCUGGCCUCUCAUCUCCCCCUCUGCGAGAGGAGCUGGAACAUGUCGGUGCACGUUCUCUCUGUGCUUUGCACGAACGGACUCGCGCCGCGAUUCUGCUAUUGUUAUCGUGCCAGAUUCAGUCCGGUUAUGACCACCGGAGGAGCAACUGCUAGAUUAAUCGGUCGCGCAUCAUCACGCGAUGUCAAAAAAGAUAAUCCGUGGCAUUAUGGACGCGAUGACGUGCUUGACGCCGUCGCCGAAGAAGCGGAAGAGAGAAGAGAAUGAUAGCGGGGACGAGAAAAUGAAUCUGCCGCGAAAUGACAUGUUGAUUGCAGAUGCUGAGAAGAAACUUGAUUCUGCGGAAAAGAAUGAAGAGAUGAUCGCGAGUUUGCCAAUCAACGGCAGCGGCAGCGGAGGGCCGGUGAGUCGCGUGGGUCGUGGAUUGGCCCUUCACAGGUCCAACUCCAGUUUGGAGCUUCCGCACAGUCCAGAUCCUGCUUCCCGGGUGCCAGAAACGCCUCUCAGGAGAGAGUAUGGAUCUCAUGGGAGCAUCGACGUAGUGGCGCAGUCGAUUACAGCCGGCGAGAAUUUCUUCGCUAUACUGCAGGACUUUCGACCGCCAGAGCAGCGCGGCGUCGUCACCAGCGAUUAUCUGCGCCGCGUUCAUCAGCAGGACGGGGCAGGCCAGCCACUCGACGUCGACGAGAUCUGCCCGACUGGCGCCGGUUCCAGUCCGAAGCUACGACUGAAACUGAACAGACUGUGGGGCGGGAAACCACCGCGGGCGAUGGAAGAGACGUGCACCAGCCCGAUGGUGUCGGCCGACGUAGAGGAGCGUCAUCGGAGACGCGCGUUCGCCCACUACGACUGUCAAUCGUUGACGGCGAAUCUGGGCUACGCCGCGAAACUCCGGGGAAUUCUUCUGGCUAGGAGAAGAAAUACGGCCACUGGAGCGUCCGCCGCCAGUGCUCUGAGAGCCUCUACUCCAGACGAGACUCCCGAGGAAGAUGCCGGCGAUGGAAAAGGCAACGAUCUACUAGAGCCGUGUCCCUUCUUCCGCAAUGAGAUCGGCGGCGAGGGAGAACGCGAGGUUGGCCUUACUCGUUGCUCGAAUGGCAACGGAAUUCACAGACCGCCGCUGUCAUACGGUGUCUCCGUUCUGGAACCGCCGCCCGGAGAGACUCUAUGGAAGCACACUUGUCCGUUGCAGAAACGACCCAUGCCUAUCGAGAGCGUUGACGAGGGAGCCCAUUAUUACCGACGAUACUUCCUUGGACGAGAACAUCAGAACUGGUUCGGUAUGGAGGAACAGUUGGGACCGGUGGCCAUCAGCAUUCGCAAGGACGUCAAUCAGUAUCGCGUGAUCGUGCGUACAUCAGAGUUACUGACGCUGCGCGGCUCCGUGCCCGAGGAAGCUCUCGGCAUCAGGCCACAAGGCCGGCCGCCUACGAGGGAGCUCUUGGAGUUGGUUGCGCCGGAAGUGCAGAUGGGCUGCCUGAGGCUUGGCACGCUUGCCGCUGAGGAAGCGCUAGCCAGAUUGGACGAGCAGGGAUUAUCCAGCAGGUACAAAGUCGGCGUCCUGUAUUGCCGGUCCGGCCAAAGAACCGAGGAGGAGAUGUAUAACAAUCAACACGCCGGUCCGGCCUUCCUAGAAUUCUUGGACACUAUCGGCCAAAGAAUAAGACUGCGAGGAUUCGAGGGUUACAAGGCCGGGCUGGACACCAGAACCGACUCGACGGGUACGCACGCGGUAGCCGCGACGCAUCGCGGAGCGGAAGUCACCUUUCACGUAUCCACCAUGCUACCCUUCACGCCUAAUAACCGGCAACAGCUGCUGAGGAAGAGGCACAUCGGAAAUGACAUAGUCACGAUAGUUUUUCAGGAACCUGGUGCAUUACCAUUCAGUCCGCGAAGGAUACGCUCCCAGUUUCAACACGUAUUUAUCAUUGUGCGAGCCAUAAAUCCUUGCACCGACAAUACGCAGUACAGUGUGGCGGUGUCCAGGAGCAAAGAAGUGCCCAUCUUCGGGCCACCUAUUCCACAGGGUGCUACGUUCGCUAAAGGAAAGGCUUUUGUGGAUUUUAUUCUGGCCAAAGUCAUAAACGCCGAAAAUGCAGCUCACAGGUCUGAAAAAUUCGCCACGAUGGCCACGAGAACGAGACAGGAAUAUUUGAAGGAUCUGGCUACAAAUUAUACAACCACCACAGUUGUCGACACUGGCCAAAAAUUCUCGAUGCUCUCCUUCAGCAGCAAAAAGAAGACAGCGGUACGACCGAGACUUUCCUGCGACGCAUCUCAGCGCGGCGCGAUUUGCUGGCAGGUCAUACUCGAGGAUAGCAAUCAGAACACAGAUUGUUACUUAGGUAUAAGCAUAGACACCAUCGUGCUGAUUGAGGAGCACUCCAGGCAGAUAGUAUUUGUCGCUCCGUGCGUGAGCGUGCUUGGAUGGCAUGCUCAAACAAACAGUUUAAGAUUGUAUCAUCAUCAAGGCGAAUGCAUCACCAUACACGUACGCGGUGAUUAUGGCGAGAGAGACGAGUUAAUGGAAAUUGUGGCUCGGCUGCGCGCCGUAACUCAAGGUGCACCGGCUUCGGAACUGUCGUUGAAGAGGAACAACCUUGGACAAUUGGGCUUCCAUGUUCAACCCGACGGUGUUGUGACGCAGGUCGAAAGUAUGGGGCUAUCGUGGCAGGCGGGCCUGAGACAAGCCUCCAGGCUGGUCGAGAUUUGCAAGGUGGCCGUGUCGACCUUGAGUCACGAUCAGAUGGUCGAUUUGUUGAAGACCAGCGCCCAGGUUACUGUCACCGUAAUACCGCCAACCAAUGAUGGAAAUCCGCGAAGAGGCUGCACGUUGCAAAACUGCCAUUAUCUGUCGAAUAAUUACGAAGGAGAUUAUGAGAACGUGACAAGCGCAGAUAAUACGCCGAGUCAGCAAACGGCGAUGUCGCAUCAACGACGAUACGAUCGAUCGUUCAGCCCACCGCGAUCGAGCAACAGCUCCGGGUACGGUACUGGAUCGAGCUCUAGAUCGUUCAACGAUCCGCGGUUUCCGUUGGAGGGUACAAUGACUAGCAGCAGUAGCGGACACAGUAGUACCGAUGAUCGUUGGUAUGAGCUUCUAGAACCGCAGGAUCAAGACGGCAAUCAUCGCGCGGACGGCACGCCGCCUCCGUUACCAGCGCGACAAAACUAUCAAAUUGUGACACCAAGCAAGUCUGGCCAGAAGAAAGACAAGUCUCAUUAUGCCAGUGCCAAACAGCUCGCGGAUAGCUCGAAGCAUCGCGAACAUAAUCAUGAGCACUAUACGAAGGAGAGCAAUUAUGUGUCGUCGAAAAUAAUCCAAGAGAAUGCGCGUCAUGAGAAUUAUCAGCGACAGCUAGACAAUGCGCAUCGCAAUCAGGAUCACGUGACGACGAAUUACGUGAAGUUGCAGAAGGAACGAUACGAGAUCAAGCAAGAGAAUCUAUAUGCUUCUCAGAGAGAACUCCAUAAGAACGAUGCACAGCACCAUGGUGGCCAUCAGAAACUAAGUGUGUCGAAUUCGCUGCCAUUGACGCAUAAUGCUGUUUACAGUCUGCCAAAAUCAGGCAGUAACAAUAACCUCGGCAGAUAUAAUGAGUACGAACAGUCUGGCGGCAAGUACGAUUACGAGACACCUACAAAAGUGGACAGAAGUUCCAAAUACGAAAUACAAGAGGAGAAAAUUGUUGAGAGACCAGCUGCCAAGUACGAGCAUGAUAUACGAGGAUGUCACGAAAAGAGAAUCGGUUACGAGUAUUCGGAGAAUAUUUACGAGAAGAGGAACAGCAAAUACGAUCUAGAGUUAGCCAAAUACGAGAUGGAGUGUCAGCACGUUGGCAAUGAAAGAAAACACAAUAACGACGGCAAUAAUGAACACAACCGAGAGUCCACGAAAUACGAGGUGCCGCACGAUUUCAAAGUAGGCGAGAAAGUCACUUGCCUGAAGACUAGCAUAUCGGAGCGACCGGUGCACAAGGUAAACGUUGAAUACCGACAAUCAAAGGAUUUCCCGGCGAGUCUGCCGCCGGAAGUUAGAAUAUCUGACGUUAAUUGUCCGGAAGUAACUGCACUGCCUAGCGAGGACGAGCUGUCGAAUGGCUCUGGCAGCGUAUCGCCCAGACUGCGACGGGCCAAUAAACAUCGCGGCGGCAAUCGCACGCCGUCCAGCGGCAGCUCCAGAAAUCAGAGUCCUCGACCAAAGCCGGGCAUGAGAAACUCGCACAGAAAUUCCGCAAAUCUGACAUCCAGCACGUUGCAGGAGGACCUCAUGAGACUGAUCAAUCCCGAUUACAUCGCCGAUGACAGCCAAAUCGUUAACAAUAAUCUCGUAAACAGUGUGAUGAAUCCGAAUCAAAAUUCGAACAAGAUAAACAAUAAUAUGCUAGAGAUUCAAAAUAGAUGCAGAUCAAGAGAGAAUUUGUGUGGCAAUAGCGCGUCUACCUUGAGCGUAUUGCCUACGAAUGGACAAGAAAAUGGAAACAAUGGAUCGGAAGUGAUCCUGACGAUGGCCAGACCAGCCACAGUGAUUUCCAACGCCAGCACUGCCUCAAGCCCAGCACCGAGCGAGAAUAAAUUGUCAAAAGAGGAAAGAUUAUCGCCACGUGUUACGAAACCACUUCAUCCGAUCUCGAAACCCCAUAACAAUCUGACACCGAUCAAAGAUACGAAAAAUCACAACGACGCGAAUGUGGAUUGUUGGAAGAAUCAACAUGCGGAUUCCAACAGAUCGAUGAAGCAACACCCUCAAGAAUGGUCCGAUGAUAGAAUCAUCGAUGGAUGCAAUGCGAAUACGAAUUCCGUUUCGGAUUUGCAAUCUCAUCUAUCCACUCUCGAGUUGAGAAUGGUGAGAGAAACACGUCUGCGACUCUCGUUGGAGGAUGAGGUGCGUCGAUUGCGCGAUGAGAAUCGACGUUUACAGGAGUCCGAAAAUCUACGACUCUCCUUGGAAGAUGAGAACCGUCGUCUGAAGGACGAGAAUCACGCAGCUGCGCAGCAGCUCCGACGUUUCACGGAGUGGUUCUUUCAAACGAUGGAUCAUCAAUAAUCAGUAUAAAGAUAAAAUUAGGAUGUUUUAUUGUCCAAUCAAAUGUUUCAAAUGAUCAUCAAAUAGCACGAUAAUCAAUAAGCUAUACUCCAUUUUCAUUUCCAGUAUCAUAGAAAUUAUUUACAGAGAACAAAGUUUGUGUAUCCUCUUGGAUAUUCUUAAAACGUGAACUAAACAAGUUAUCUUUUCUGAAUCGUUGGAUCGAUUGCAUUUACUUCAUCUGCAUUUUGUCGCGUUGCUCGGAUCGGAGCACAAUUUUUGUUAAUGCAGUAUUAAUGUGAACCUGUAGAUGUUAUAACAGAUCGAUCGGAGACAGCCGCAAGGGAUUGCGGAUGAGCAUACACAGCGUAAGCAAGAAUAUUAUAUCAUUCGCAACUUUUCUCCCUCGAUCUUUGAUAUUUUGUAUUAUAUAGAUUCGUUAGAUUUUAUUUGAUUGUAAAGUAUAUAAGUUACCGUCGUACUAUUUUCUUGUGUCGAAAAUUAGUGCGUUGCAGUUAAACUAUUAUUUAGAUCAUAUUUCCCAAAACUAAUUACUGUGCGUCUGGAUCCAUCUUUAAGAGGACAGUGCACUUUAAAAUAUAUAAACGUUUGAUUUUAUGAAAACGACCAAAUGACCAAAUAUUAUUAGAAAAGCUAAGGGUUAUUACUUUAAUUCUGUAAUUUAUUACGCCUUUUAUAUCAGUCGUCUAGAGUGUUAAUAUAGAAAUUUCGCACGUGCUAAAGCGCGUCUACAGGUGCGAGGCACUUACUGUGUCUCCGCCACGAAUUCUUUCUUUUUCAUAAGUGACAUAAAGCAUGAUUCCGAUAUAAUGUACAAAACCAACGUUCAUUGAAAAUCGUAAAUCGAUCAAUAAAAAGAAAUAUGUAUUUCAACACCUAUCUCAUUUUUUAAAAAAGACCAAAUGUGUAGAAUAUAUUUUCAUGCUCUAUGACAUAAAAGCAUCUAAGAGCACUUUAUAUAACACAGAUUACAUAGUAUAUGUGCAUAUAAAAAGCAGGGAUAGAGCAAGGAUAGAACUGAAUUGUUACUACCAGUUAGAAUAAAAUAGUUUAUUGUAAUCCACAGAAAAAAAAACAAGACAUUUCCAUGAUGCCUUAAGAUCUGUCUGUCUCACUGUUACUGUCAGUUUAACAAUUAGCUGCGGUUACACUCCUUUUUGUUUGAGAUCGCGAAAAUGCUACGCUUCGCUGCCGUAUCGCGAUAUCGACAAUUCUUAAUACUCGAUAUUACCGGAUCUAUAGCUAGGAUCCGGCCGAUUUAUGAUCGGAUCGGAUUAUGCGUUUGGUAUCCUUAUAGAUAAAAAGAAGCUAGGCUCGCUGCCAGGCGAUAUCGCGAUUCGGUCAUUUACACUGGUUAUCGCUAUCUCAUUGUAUCGCGAUAUACUUAUCCUUCUGUUCGCAUUACGGAAGAAUAUCGCGUGUUCUCCUUCUUCUUUCAUUCUUCUCUCUCCUGUUAUUUUUUAACGCCCAUAGAUCUGGACAGUCGAUUUCGAUCGCAUAAUUAUCGUUAUCGGUAUUAUCCAGAGGCAAGCAAAAUAUUACUCCAUUCUUGCAAACGUCACGUCUCGUCACAUGUUCUUCAUAUCUGACAGUCUAUUAUUUAUGCAUUAAAUCUGUAUGUGUACCCAUAAUUAGUUCGUUUCUCUAAUCUCUAGAUCUAGGUAUACUGAUGUCCGAAGGACAUCGCGAUUACUGCGCGUUCUGAGAGAAAAGUGAUUAUGCGAGAGAAUAUUUGACUGCUUAUAAUCGAAACACUGUGAAGUAAUAUUUUACACAGCUCUGCAUGUGUGUAUAACGCUUAUAUCACCGAGGCUUCUCUUCGGUUUUGUUCGCUUAAGUACAUGAGAAGUUAUGCCUAGCAAGAGUAAUUUACUCGUAGAUGUAGAGAUGUUUAAACACUCGGACUUAGUUUUAUAUUCUAAUGUAGCAUUUUCUCUACACAACUCUCUAAUUAACAUGUCCUCACAUGGAAGUACAUCUCCAUUACGAAGUUCUAAAUGAGUUAUCAUCAGCGUGAAUAAAUCUCGAAAACGCGGAGCACUUUACGCAGAAUCGGCGUAAAAUGCUCGGACGUUAAAGAACUAUUUUAAUAAAACUUAACAUCAUUAACUGCGCAAAGAAUCUAAACUCGUAAUGGGUCAUUCGUUGCAAGAGCUCUUCAACUGGCAAAAUGUCGCGCAUCAUUCUGUCAUGGAAAUUAAUGAAACACGAUGAGUCGAGCGAAAGCGAAAGAGAUGUUCCGACAAGAACUUUGAGAUUUCCACAAUAUAAUUGUAUUUUCUUGCCGGUUAAACUCAUGUGUCUGAACAAGCCAAAUAAUACAUAAAAUCGAAAAAUAUUUUAAAAGCAUCUCUAGAAGACUUCUACAAAAAUUUAGAAUGUCUUUACGAUAUCUUUCGGAUAUUUCUAUUAAACUCGGAAGUCUUGUCAUGUCGUGUAUAUGCCUUAAGUGCCAAUCUUGUGCACCAAAAGCAACGAACAAUGAGGCUUUUAUUAAAUAUAUCUCAUAGUUAUAUAUAGCGUUAAACGGAUAUUCGCGUUUAAGAUUUCGAUUAGAGACUCGGUAUGAAUACGUCAGUGUCAAGGAAACGAUAGCUACAAGCGGAAUGAGUUGCGCAUGACAAAAAGAUUGAUCGAUCCUAUAAAGCGUAAGAAGACUAACAGCGUAGCUAAACACGUGUCGGGCUAUGAAUCAUGCACGUUCAGCAAGCGGGCAUUAUGGCACACAAGGAUAAAUAAAGAUAUCGGAUGGAUUGAAUCAAGAGCACCGGUUCUCACAUUACGAGGAGCAGAAAGCUUCCACACACAAGUAUUGGGAUUAUGUAACAAAAAAUCUCGUGGAAAAAUCUUGCCGAAUACAAAAGAAUCACAAAAUGAGUAGCUGCGACACAGAACAUUUAAAAAAAAUUUGUUUACUGGACGAUAAAAUAUAUGAGAUUUUAUACAUUAUCUUCGUCCAACUAUUUUCAUUUGAUUUUCUCGAAAACUUGUUUUUACUCUAUAUAUAUUUUUAUACAUAUUACACGCUUAUUCAGUUGUAACAAUUAAGAAACAUGGCCAACUACAAUCAUAGUUUAUUUAACGGAAUUUUGACAACAAAAAUUCCCAUUGCUGAUUGAUAUAAAUGUUAAUUAAUUUAUUAAAACAUGAUCUGAUAGAGUCUUAUAUAAAAUGAUUCUUGCUACAAAUAAUUUCCAUUGGCCAUCUCAAUUACCUCAUCGUGAUAAAAAGCGAAGCGACUUCCAAGAGAACGUACUUAAAAAAAAAAAAAGAGAGAAAAAAGUAAGAGAAGUAUAUAUAUGUAUAUGGCGGGGACUACUUUCUAUUUACGGUAAUACGGCAUCAAGUUGGAAGUAAAAAGGGCACAGCAUAUAAGAAAGACGGAUAUAAAGACGGAGAUUAAUCUAUCGUGUACAGUUUUCCACGUUUUACAAGAUGUUUCAUCUUCAAAAUAUUUCAAGCUUUAAUGAUGAAAUUUUUUCACGAACUUAAAUCGAUCUUUUCUUCUUAGCAAUUUUUUAUGAGAAGUCCACUUGCAAAUAUUAUUGUAUAUUAAGAGAACUGAGUUUUUGAGAGGGACUCAAAUUUCAUGAAGUCAUUUAUCGAUUGAUCGUAGAAAAAUAUUAAAGUAAUGUUCUCCAAGAGCGUAAACGCAAAUUUCAUUAAUAGCAUAUUCCAAAAUUAUGCAUCAUUAAAACUUGCUGCGAUGGUGAAACAUCGUGUAUUUUGCAAUUCCGAGCAAUCGUUUACAAACGAAAGCGAGAAGACGUGACUGACAAAGAGGAUUUCUCAUGAAUAUCAUGACGAUCUUAUCUAUCUUGUUUCGUAAUCGUUAUUUUCGAUUAUUCAAAGUCGCCAUUCGUUUCAUUCGCACGCAAGAUUUGCCUGGUUCGUACGAUUGAUGGCCGCAUACAAUCCGGCCGAAAAUUCCGGUGAAAAUCUACGAAAAGUAUAAUGCUUCACGAUAAAUUCGCCGAUCAUGCGGUUGCCGUCGGGACGUUCCAGCGAAUAUUACAUUCUGAUUUUCUACGCUCGCAAACAUUACCGAUAAUACGUCGAUUCGGAGGGCGCGUCCUCCAUUAAAUACAAAAAUACUGUUCUGAUGCACCAUAUCUCUUCACCUAUUAUCCCUACCAUUAUGCACAUUAUAAUCCCUGUAGUCUUUAACGCUCCGUUAUCGUGGACGAGGAAAGAAUACUGACACACGUAAAAAAGUAUGUGUAUAUGUGUGUUUGUGAGAAAAAAAAGGGAAUCAAGGAAGAUUAUCGCAAAAGUACCGAAUUUCGAUUGCGACUCACGAUUACUUCUAUUUCAGACCUGGUUGCACCAAUGUCGGUUUUACGACUAAUUAUAACAAUAUAAAUAUUAUAGAAUAUUAUAAAUACUAUAGAAUAUAUUAUACAAAGUGUCGAGAAAUGAGAUUUAUAUCAUGAUCAAGAAGGCGGUUCCCCCAAACAGCAGUCUCUCGUUGAAAACUACUGCUUCUUGCAAUUAUCUUUAAGUGGAUAAUUAUGCAUCUAAUUUUCGCCAAUGUGGGCAUUUUAUAUUCCUGGAGAAAAGCCACUGCUCGGAGUUUGUUCGUUAAACCAUCGUCGGUGCAACGCAGGUUUGAUAGACGCCAAAAAAAAAACAAAAAAA